AUGAAACCAACCACUUCUGAUCCCACCCUUCGAGUCUUUGACUCAGAACGAUGUCUCUUUUGCCCUGCGACCUCACCAACCUUCCUUGAAAGUGUUACUCAUAUGCAAAAGGCACAUGGUCUCUUCAUCCCGCACAAACAACAUCUUCUAGUCGAUCUUGGAACAUUUUUCAAAUAUCUACAUCUCGUCAUCUUUGAGUACCGGGAAUGUAUAUACUGCGGAACAGAGAGAACCACCGUCCAAGCUGUACAACAACACAUGUUGGGCAAAGGUCACUGCAAGUUUGACAUCUGGGAAGACUCGGAGUUUGCCGACUUUUAUGACUUUUCGCAAUCUCAAGAUAACGCAGAGGAGGAAUACGACAGCGAUUUGGAUGCAAGUGAGGAGGGAGAGACAUUCUCAAAGCCCGAUCAGAGGCCACUACAGAUUGACCAAGAUUCGAUACGUCUGCCAUCUGGAAGACUCAUCUCAAAGAAGUCUUCAAGACAGGUAGAGCCAUCAAUCUCCCAGCCCCGUCGCCAGACACGAACAAAGCUAUCCCAACUCGAAUAUUCUUCGAUCGAUUCAGAUGAGAACCACAACGAAGAUCAUGGCGCCGAUGUUUCUGAUUCCCGAGUCUUGACCCGGCGAGAAAAGCGAAAGCAGGCCACAGUGUCAUAUCAGCUAGCGAAUUUGAGUACAAAUGAUCGCAGAGCUCUGAUGCACUUGUCGACGUCUGAGCAGCGAUCAUUGAUAGCGACGCAGCACAAGCUUAUGGAGAAGGUUCAGAAGGAGGAGAGCAGAAGUCAACGGAAGGUCGAUCGGAAGGGGAAUAAGAACUUGUAUGCUUAUUGGCAUACUGAGACGCCGGUGUAUCAAUGUGGUUAG